GGCAGUUUGGAAAGUCAAACUCCAAGGAAUGUUAGCCCAUGCAGUCAUGCUGUCUUUCUGUACGCUCUUGCUGCUGCUCUGUGGAGGCCUGGAACAGAUUCUGGCCCAAGACAAUAAUGGCUCUGUGAUAGAACCUCGAAUUGUGGGCGGAACCAAGGCAAAGGAGGGCCAGUUUCCCCACCAGAUUUCCCUGCGUCUCCGUGAAGAGCAUUACUGCGGCGGAGUCAUAAUCUCGGCCACCCACGUCAUCACCGCCGCUCACUGCGUGAAGCAUGGAAAUGACGUAGUCCCGGCGGAUCUCUGGACGAUUCAGGCGGGCAGCCUGCUCCUCUCAAGCGGCGGAGUGCGAGUUCCGGUGGCCAGCAUUACAGUGCAUCCUGACUAUAGGCCCCACGGACACUACGAUCUGGCCGUGCUACGUCUGCAAAGUCCCCUGACCUUUGACUCCAACAUUGCCGCCAUCCCAAUGGCCACCGAAGAUCCUCCUGCAGGCGCCUCGAUGGAUAUUUCUGGUUGGGGACAAACCUCUGACAAGGGACCCCUCUCGGACAGUCUUCUGUUCGUGCAGGUGACCAGCAUGUCCCGGGAAACUUGUCGCUGGUACGUCCAGAACUUGCCAGACUCCAUGAUCUGCCUGCUCCAUCCGAGGAAUAAGGGCACAUGCUUCGGCGACUCCGGCGGACCGGCCACCUACAACGGCAAAGUGGUGGGCCUGGCUGUCCUGCUCUACGGAGGCUGUGGAAGAGCGGCUCCUGAUGGCUACCUGAGGAUCUCCAAGCUGAGGACGUGGAUAGCCGAAAAGGCGGGCAUGCAAUGAGCAGUCCUAUGAGAUAUGUCUUUUCUGCUUUCUUUGGUGACUUAAGAGGAAAGUAGUAAAACUUUUAACAAAAGUGAAGAAGAUAUCCAGCAGAUGACAUGAACUGGACGCGAAGAGAGUCACUCCGACUCUUUGUUGCCCCAAAUAAAAGAUUCGAAGCUGUA